AUGAAUCAAGAUGUCGACCCUCUGAAAGAUUGCAUCAAUCACACCCUCAAUUUUCUCGCCACCGCCAAUAAUGAAACCCUCCUGGGCGUCCUCGCUCUUCUGAUCCUUGUCACCUACAUCAUCUUGGGAAGAAUCGGGCUGCUCCUGAUUGGAGUGGCCGUCGGUGUCGUCUUACAUGCCUCAUGGGAAGGGCUCGACCAGCAUACCGGGGAGGCGUCACACAACAAACCUACGAGACGGAAAGAAUUAGCGCUGGAAGUCUCCAGUAGGUUGUUAGAAUGGCCGAAGCGAGCGAUGACCUCCGAUGCCAAGAGUGACCAUGAGGAAUCGAUAAGAGCACCGGAAGAGUUGUCCUUGGCAGACCUUGAAUAUGCCACUUUCCAGCCUGCCACUGCGGAUGCGCUGAGAAUUCUCACCGAUGCUGUCGUCAGGGACUAUAUCAACUUUCCUGGGUCAUGUCGCAAUAUAUUGGUCCAUUUCGUUACGUCUGUCUCCUCGCACUUAUCGCGGAAGCGAACGGAAGACAUUUUUCUCCAAUUCCUCACCAACUCCUCAUCCAUCGUCAUUGUUUUCCUCAACGAGCUUGCUGCGGCAUUCGCUGCUGGAGGCGCUUCCCCCUCGGAGGCCCAGAAGACCGUGGAGCAGUACUUGGAACAGUGCCCAGAUAGCAGUCUGGCGAAUGUUCUAUCAGGUACACAGCAGAAGAAAAAGCUCAAUAUGAUCGCAGACGAUAUCCUGGCGAACUACCUUGAUCAAAAGGCGUACAAUUGUCAACCUGUGAGGGACUUCCUUCGCGAAAUCUUUUCGGGGGUUGUGCUAGAGUCCGUUAUCACUAGCCUGGCACGCCCCGAGUUCAUCAACGGCUGGAUCAUUCACCUGCUGGAGGAUGGUGAAUCGGAAAUCAUGCACGCCAUUGAUGCAGGCGUUGAAGGUGCUCGGAACCAGGGUGUUAGUGCACCCAAGGCCCCGGAGGAGCCCGUUGCAGGUACUGUAGAUUCUGUCAAACUCCCAAGUAGGCAAUCCAUGCAGGCUGCGAGGGACUCGGAGGAAGCUGCGAUUUUGGAGGUGAAACGUCUUAGUGCCAUGAUUGCCUCUCAACCAACCCUAGACCUGGAUUCAGAUUUGCAGGGAUCAAAUUCACCGCGCCAACCAGAGGAAACCACCGAAACCCCAACCUCGUCCACCGAUAUACCCACAAAUACGGUUCAUGGCAACGAACAGAGCGGCCGCGACGCGACGACUGGAAUACAGCCAUUCGACAAACUAAAGAGCUCCGAGGAAGGCUCAUCACCACCCGUGGUUCUUCAUGGGGCACAGGUUCUGGUCGAUGAUGAUGGAUCGAGGGAUGACCAGGGACCGAUCAAGUCACGGCCUACAUGGGAUUAUUUACUCCAAGUCGAGCCAGCGUCUACACGGUCAACCGGAUGGAUGGUGUUUCGCAAAUACUCGGACUUUCAAUCGCUUCACGAAAUGUUGGGGACUGUCUCUCGUCUAAAUCUUAUUCAAAGCUUCUCGGAGCGGCACCCAACUUUGCCGCCUUGGAAGAACAAGACUAGACAAGCUUUGGCUAGGGACCUGGAACAUUACCUACAAGAUGCCAUGAAGCACGAAUCAUUGGUGGAUAAUGACCGAAUGCGCCGGUUUUUGGAAAAGGACGCCGGCUCCUCUGAGGCAGCUGGCUCGAACAAGUCGGCAUUCUCCUUCCCAGGUCCGUCUGCAUUUGAGAACAUGGGCAAGGGCAUGCUAGGCGCGCUGGCCAAUGCACCCAAAGGGGUGGCAGGAGGUGGCAAAGCUGUCUUUGAGGGAGUGACCGGGGUUUUUGGAGGCGCAGCUAACAACAGGAAAUCGGCUGUCAUGGCGAACCAGAGUGACCCCAAGACGGGUGGCUCCAACCGUACCAGCCUGUCUCAGACGCGGUCGAGUUUUGAUGAUCGCACCAGUGCAGUGUAUGAAACCAGCGACUCUGCGAUACUUCCUGGUAAUUCUCCAAACCCUCAGAGCGAGUCCUCCGAGUCACUUUCCGAGCCACCUUCGGCCGAUAGUGCUAAGGAAUCCAUUGCGACUGAGCAAGAUACAUUGGCCACCGAGUCUUUACUUUCUAAAACCUCGCUCGAUCUGGGUGCCGAUGCUGCAAAGCCCACAGAGCCAACCGAACAGCCCUCUACACAUCGUCGAUCAGAAACCUUGCAAAGUGUCAACCAACCCCGCAAGAAAGACAGUCCUAUCUCGGCGGACGAGACACAGAUUGCAGUGGAGCUGAUUUUCGCUGUGAUCAACGAAUUGUAUACAUUGUCAUCUGCGUGGAAUAUUCGUCGAACUUUGUUGAAUGCCGCCAAAUCUUACAUUCUACGUCCGGGGAGCCCGACCUUGGAAACCAUUCGUACUCUUUUGCAAGAUUCCAUGAUCCAGGGUCAUACUUCUGACGAUGCUCUCGGGGGUUAUCUUUCCCAGCUUCGUGAAAAUGCGCUUCCAACGGAGGACGAGCUCAAAGCUUGGCCCCCUCCACCCAGCGAAGAAGAGAAGCUUCGUACCCGAGAGACUGCACGUAACCUUUUUGUGCAGCGAGGUAUCCCACAAGCUUUGACAAGUGUGAUGGGAGCGGCUGCUAGCCGGGAAGCACUGGAGAAGAUCUUCGACAGUCUCCAAGUGGAAACGGUUGCGCGAGGAUUUGUCUUUUCGGUGUUGCUACAAGGUCUCAGGGUAUUGACCCUUUGA